AUGGCUCUAUUCUAUGUUGGCUAUUUAAUAGCUGUAUCAAGUACAAUUGCAUUCAUUGUUGCUAUAUUAACACCAAGAUGGAUCUAUCCAAAUGCUCUUACAUAUCCGAAUGAAACAAAUUAUCGUGGAAUUUUUUAUGUUGAUGCAGGUCGUUCAGACGGAAUAUGUCGUGAUUGGAUUCUUGUCUAUAAAGAUUCAGUAGCUUCAUGUCGACCACCGUACGCUGUUGCGUGUGCAGCAUUAUCAAUUAUAGCAUCUUCACUAUCGAUUAUUCUUCUUUGGCUUGCUGGUGGUUAUCUUUACCUUCGUCGUCGACGUCUUCUUCCUCAUUUUGUAACGGCUUUAGCUGCAUUGACAUUUUUAAUUUUUUCUAUAAGUGUAGUUAUAUGGGUUGUAAUGAUUACAAUGAAUCGUGAUGCAGAUUCAAGAAUUCGUCGUGAAAAUAUUGGUUUUUCAACAUGGAUUGCUGUUGGUUCAAGUGGUGGAUAUUUAAUUACAUUGAUAUUAUUUAUUAUCUAUCGUAUUGAUCUUGGCCAUCGAAGCGGAUUUUUUUCAGUGAGAUAUACCAAGAAAAAAGAGGGUGAUUUUUAUUCAAAUGCAGAAGAUAGUGCUGAAAAUGAUAUAGAUCAACAGUCUGCUUUACGAUCCUCUUCACAUGCAUUAGAAAUCGAGUUGUAUACUAAACAAGGAUUAGAUAAAUCAACAAAUUCAGGUGAAUCUAUUCAAGAAGAAUGUAAUCCUUUGUUUUUCUGGACAAAGAUGCAUAGUUCUUAUCCUAUUAUUUCAAAAAUAGCUGCUCUUUUUUUUCUGUAUCGACUUCGAGUACGGCUGUUGAACGAGAAUUUAGUCUUGCCGGCAUGGAAUAUCCUUUGUCAAUCGAAUAGUAUUGUCCAACAAUGUACAUUUUCAUCAUAUCAACGAUGGAUUUGUUUAUCUGUUCAUCCAGCUAAAGUACCGAUUAAUCCAACAUUGUUAUUUAAUGAUGAACAAACUCAACAAACAACAGCAAUAGUUGAUAAUGAUGAUAAACGUUAUUUAAGUAGUGCAACAACAAAUAAUCAUCAAUAUUUAGCUAUGGGUUUUACAAUAUGUUAUCAAGAAGCUCCAUUAGAACAAGAUCGUACUGUUAUUAAAUGUCGUCGUUUAGCAGCACGAUUACUUGGUCAAUUAUUUAUUCAUUACGAUCAACAACAAACAAAUGAUGUUUUAAAUUAUAUAGCAUCUCUUAAUUAUCGUUCAGCUGUACAACGAAUGGUUGCAGGAAUGAUAGCUAGUGAAUGGGCAAAAAACAUGACUGAUUUUUCAAACAAUACAAAUGUUCUUCAAGAACGUUUUCAUCAGGCAUUAAAUGAAACACUUUAUUUUGAUGAAAUAGCACCAUCAUUUACUAAACUUAAACGAGAUUUUACAUCAUUUAUGUAUGAAUGUGCUAGACAACGAUUAUGUAAUCCACAAUCAAUUGAAACAAUUGAACUUCAUUCAGUUGAUCAUAUUAUUGAAUUAUGUGAUAAUGUUCAUCCAAGUAUUGAUUCACAUAUACAAUUAAAUGGACAAAAACAAAAUAUUCGUGAUGAAGCUCAACGAAUACAAAAUGAAUCAGAAACACUUGCACUCAGAUCAACAGCUUAUUUGGCAUCAGCUUGCGUUUAUUGGCAUUUUCUUGGUGAUCAACUCAAUCCACUUAUUCGACCAUUGAUGGAUGCAUUAAAAAAAGAAUUAGAUCUGCAGAUUCAAAAUGAUAUAGCUCAUGCUAUUGCAGAGCUUAUCUGGCAAUGUACGCAACGCACAGCAAAUCCUAAUCCGAAUAGUAAAAUUAUUAAAAAUUUAUGUAGUUAUGUUUGUGCUGAUUCGGACGAGACACCACAUAUUACAAAUACUUCACGUUUUGCAGAAUCUAGUGAAACAUCAAUAAAUGUUAAUGAAGAAUAUAAUUGUACUAUUUCUAAAGGAAUUUAUACUUGGCAAAAAACAAAUAGUGAUGAUACAACAAGAGUUCUUUUAAAUCGUGAUUCAUCAACUGAUUCAACAUCUACACCUUCUUCAAACAGUUCAAAUACGAAAAAAUUCAAUUUUGAUUCAACAAAUAAUAAUGAUUGUGCGAGACAUGGUGGUGAAUGUGCUCUAUCCGCUAUUUGUCGUCGAUUUGAUGUUGAACUUCAAUCGAAAUUAUCAGAUUUAUGUAAUCGAACAGUAACAGAUAUUGAACAAUUUAAUGAUGAAUUAUGUCAAACACAAUCAACAGCUGAUGCUCAACAUUUAGCAGAUACACUUCAAAUUCUUACUAUCAUCAUUCCACAUGUUCAUGAAACUAUUUUAAAUAAUUAUCUUAAUCUUUUACCUAAUUUAUCUCGAUGUUUGUCAUCUAAAUAUACAGUCAUACGUUUUCUAACUGCACGUUGUAUUGGUAUUUUAUCAAUACAUAAAAUUGAAUAUGUACUUCAAUUUAUUAUUGAUUCUAUUCUACCAAAAUUAACAAAUUCAAAUAUGGAUACAAAUUAUUUACAAGGACCAAUUGAAACUUUAUAUCAUGUUAUUGAUAAACAAGCACUUAAUAUUGUUCCUUAUGCAAAACACUUAAUGUUACCUUGUAUUCAAACUAUGACACAUCAAGAUUGGUAUAUACGAUCAAUAGCUAGUAAUUGUUUUGCUGUUCUUAUUAAAUAUUAUGCUCUAUAUAAUGAUGAUAAACAAAUUGAACAUACAAAUGGUAUGGAAAAUGAAAAUUUUCUUGAACAACUUUUCGAUAAUACAAAAAUCCCUGUUUAUCAUUUACCAAUGCCAGUUAAAGCAGAUAUUAGGCCAUAUCAGCAUGAUGGAAUCAAUUGGUUAAUGUUUCUUAAACGAUACAAUUUAUCAUGUGUUCUUGCUGAUGACAUGGGUUUAGGAAAAACACUUCAAACAAUUUGUGUUCUUGCUGCUGAUAUCGUCGAACGACGAAAAGAGAAUUUUGAAGUCCGACCAUCACUUGUUGUUUCACCACCAACAUUAACUCGACAUUGGACAAGUGAAAUGAAUAAAUUUGUUAGUGAAGAUUCUCUUCGACCAUUACUCUACGCAGGAAAAAAUUUAGCUGAACGUGAAGGAUUACGAAUUAAAUAUUUACAAAACCCAAAAGAAUAUACAGUUAUUGUUGCUUCAUAUGAUGUUGUUCGUAGUGACAUAGCAUUUUUUUCAACUAUUCCAUUUAAUUAUUGCGUACUUGAUGAAGGUCAUGUUAUUCGAAACUCUAAAACAAAAUUAUCCAAAGCUAUUCGUCAAAUUUCAGCAGCUCAUCGUCUUAUAUUAUCUGGUACACCUAUACAAAAUAAUGCACUUGAACUGUGGAAAUUAUUUGAUUUUCUUAUGCCGGGUUAUUUGGGUUCAGAAAAACAAUUUAUUCGUCGUUACCAAAAGCCAUUAUUAGCAUUAAGUCGUGAUCGUGAUCUUGAACAUGGACAAUUAGCAAUGGAUGUUUUACAUAAACAAGUUAAACCAUUUAUGUUACGUCGUUUAAAAUCAGAUGUAUUAAAUGAUUUACCGCCGAAAAUUUUACAAGAUUAUUAUUGUGAUUUGAGUUCAAUACAAUGUAUGCUUUAUGAAGACUUUGCUAAUAAAACAAAAGAACAAGUUAAAUAUGUUGAUAAUGAUUCAACAAAUAAAAAUGGAAAUUCUGCAACAGGUCAUGUAUUUAAGGCAUUACAAUAUUUACGUAAAUUAUGUAAUCAUCCAGCAUUGAUUUUAACACCUGAACAUCCAAAAUGGUUAAGUGUACAGAAUGAAUUAAAAGAAUCACAAAUCAGUUUGAAUGAUAUUCGAUUAUCCGGCAAAUUACUUGCUCUUAAAGAAUUAUUAAUUGAAUGCGGUAUCGGUUUAUCAAAAGACGCUGUUGUAUCAACACAUCGUGCAUUAGUUUUUUGCCAAAUGAAAGUAAUGAUUGAUGUGAUUAUUAAUCAAGUUCUUGGAACAAUGGAUAAUGUUAGUUUUCUUCGUUUGGAUAGUUCAAUGAAUGCAGUUGAUCGUUUUAAUACAGUUAAUUUAUUUAAUUCAGAUCCAAGUAUUGAUCUUUUAUUACUUACAACACAUAUUGGUGGACUUGGUUUGAAUUUAACUGGUGCUGAUACAGUUAUAUUUGUUGAACAUGAUUGGAAUCCAAGUAAAGAUCUUCAAGCUAUGGAUCGUGCACAUCGUAUUGGACAAAAAAAAGUUGUUAAUGUUUAUCGAUUAAUAACACGAAAUACAAUUGAAGAAAAAAUUAUGAGUCUUCAACGAUUUAAAACAAAUCUAGCUGAUACAGUAUUAGCAUCGGAUAAUAAUUCAUCGAGUUUACUUAAUUUAGAAAAAGACACAAAUUUAAUUGAUCUUAUAUCAUUAGGUGAUGAAGCAAAAGGUCAAUCAUUAGUAAUGGAUAAUUCAACGAAAAAAUACAAUACAAAUAAAAAACAAACAUUAAAAUCAAUACUUGAUACAUUUUCUGAACAAGUUGAUAAUGAUGUUGAUUGUUAUAAUGAUGAAUAUGAUGUGAAAAAAUUCAUUCAGCAGCAAUAA